AUGACGUCAUCUGACUAUCCGGGCACGACACCCGACGGCAACUCCUCCCAACUGCGUCCCUUUCUCGGAAGCUCAAUCUUCAACACCAGCAAACCCGGAUCCCAAGGCCAAAAUACCAUCAUGGCAUCCCAUGCAUUGCGCCUCCCACGACCUUUCGCCGACAUGCCACGCGCAGCUCUCAUGUAUCCCUUUGCAACCCCCAUCGAGCCCCUCAAGAACCUCACCGCCCACAUGUCGCGACAGUCCAGUAGCAAGAUGCCCAAUCUAUGGAUUAAACAUGAAGACACGAACAGUGCGCUUGCCUACGGCGGCAACAAGGUGCGCAAACUCGAAUACGUCAUGGCCGAUGCGAUAGCCAAGAAAGCGACUCAUCUUGUAACUGUAGGCGGGGUACAGAGCAACAGCCAGCGGCAAGUCACUGCAGCAGGGAAUCGAUUCGGGAUGAAGACGGUCCUCACGCCGGAUCCGAGGAUUGGAAAUCCAUCGGCCAAGGACCGAGAUGCCUACGAGCAUGUGGGCAACGUGCAGAUCAACGCGGUACUGGGGGCGCAGUGGAAGCCUUCUACUCCAGAAGACAAGGUAGAGGCGAAUGCAGAAGGUGGAGACGGGCUGGCGUAUGAGGUGGCUGCGAGGAGGGAAAUGGCGAGAGUCAAGGCUGAGGGUGGGACACCGUACUUCAUACCAUCGGGUGCGAGCCUGCAUUCGCUGGGUGGCCUGGGGUUUGCAAGAUGGGCUUUUGAGUUGGAAGAGCAAGAGAAAGAGCUGGGAAUCAUUUUUGAUGCGGUUAUUGUGUCGACGGCGAGUGGAAGUACGUUGGGUGGCAUGGUGGCCGGGUUCAAGUUGAUCCAUCAGGCUGGCAACAGCGAGGAUAGUGCGACUAAGAAGAGGCUUAUUGGGAUUCAAGCUACAAGCUGCGAUUUGAAGGAGACGGCGAGGGUGGUGCUGGUGUCAGCACGCAACACAGCCAAGCUGAUAGGUGUGCAAGAAGAUGACAUCAAUGCGGACGAUUUCGAGCUUGACGGACGCUUCAAUGCAGGAUCGUACGGCUACCUCAAUGAAGACACAAGGGCCGCAAUCAAGCUACUUGCGAGCACAGAAGGAAUUCUGACCGACCCAGUUUACACAGGCAAGGCUGUCGCAGGGCUUCUUGGCCUGGCACGAGAGGGGGCUUUCAGCGAGGCAAAGAACGUUUUGUUUGUUCAUACUGGAGGCACACCGGUCUUGUCAGCCUACCCGUCGUUACAUGGAUCAGAUACGUAG